AUGGCAAGAAUCAGCAUUCCUCUCGACGCCAUCACGUCGCGUCUCAAUCUCUCCGAUCGCUUCAGCAGUGUCCGAUCUCAGUCGAUCGCCUCCAGGUUUGCUAACAUCAAACCCAUCUCCGAGUUCCUAGACCUCAAGAGAUUGUCAAAGCCCAACAACUUUGGCGAGGUUCAGAGUCGUGUCAACUACAACCUCUCUCAUUUCUCUUCCAACUAUGCCGUCGUUUUUGUCAUGCUCAGUGUCUACAGCCUCCUUACCAAUCUUUGGCUCCUUUUCGAUAUCAUCCUUGUUGUGGGUGGCAUGUGGGCUAUUGGCAAACUCGGUGGCAACGAUCUUGAGAUAGGCACUCUCCGAGUCACUUCGUCCCAGCUCUACACUGGCCUCGCCUGUAUCGCUGUCCCCGUGGCUUUCAUUUCUUCUCCCAUCACCACCUUUUUGUGGUUGAUUGGCGCUACAGGCACCUAUCGAGAAUGCUUUUUCCGAGGAGGCGGUCUAGGUGGUCGGCCGCGAACUCCUUACGAUUUGCCCCCUUGGGGAAGACCACCAGGGGGACGACCGGGGAGGAGGAACGACAGACAACGCGAUCUCCGGCGGUCGUGGGCGUAUGAUGAUCGUGUGGAAGAACUCGAUACUGAUGAUGACAUUUCACAAGGUGUAGAGCUCGACCAAGAUUACGGUGAUAAACGAUUUGUUUCAGAUGAGCUUCGAUUUACUGGGAUAGACUUGGGAAGUGGCGGACUUCGCCGACGGCGUUCAGGUGACAAGUACAAUGAUUUUACUCCUUCAGAAGAUGAAGAUGACUACAACCCAAACUCAAGUCUGGUCCCUCGACAAGAACUACAAAUGGUGUACAAGGACAAAGAGGAUAUGCUUGUGGAGAGAGCUCUGGAGAGAAUUGCACGUGCCAGGGCGCUGGGUAAGGCCAACGUCAAGUUGAGUCGAGCUGAAAUUGAUGCUUUGGAUCGAUCAGAGCGGAACCAGAACCCACCUCGGUCCUCAGCAGCCCCACAGAUGGUUGCCCCCAAGAGCAAGAAAGAGGCCCCUAUAAAGCGCAAGCCUGUCGAGGUACGUAAAAUGACGGGCAGGAAUGACAACAAAUCGGCCAGCAAUUCUCCAAGGCGCAAACCCUUUGAAACUCGGGACCGUGGGCCAAGUAUUGCAUCUAAUACCUCUAGCCGCGGAGAGCGGGAGGACCCUGUGGCGGCAUACCAGGGGUAUCCUGUCGACCAGGAAUAUAGCCAUGUUGGCCGCCGUCUUCCUUAUCCUCAAGGCCAUUACUUUGCUGUCCCACGGCACGCUGAAUCCUCACGUCAAGGCCACCGAACCAACUCCACACAAUCGCUUCGGCAACAGCAACAAUUGCAGCAGCAGAUACAACAAGCUCCCCCUUAUCAGCAUCCUUAUUUCGCCACCCGUUAUGCUUCAAACCCAGAUGCGAUUUACUCGCAGAGGCCCGGGUCCAACUCUUCUCGUGCUUCGCGACCUGAUCCUUCGGAACCAGAUUGGGAACCUCGAGCUCGAUCCACCUCUAGUCUAGUAAAUGUGCCCCUGGACCAAUUGCCUUAUCAGACAAGUACGUCGAGGGCACCUCGCUUUGACCCUUCUGACCCUCGCUAUGCAUCUCCGCAGCGACGUGUUGCCUCGGGACCUCCUUUGGCACAUCAACAUUCACCUGUCACCUACCGUCGCCCACAAGAUGAACUCUUUCUACCCAAUGAUUCUGACGACGUCAUGCGAUAUCUCGCUCCAAGUGGAUCGGAGCAGGAAGAUGACGACGACGAUAGCGAUUAUGACGAAGGUGUUCAAGUUGAUGUCUCCGAGCGACCAGGAGGAGAUUACGCGAUACAGACUCGAAGUGCAACAGCAUCUAAUACAGGCAAUAAAGGAAAGAAUGGGACCAGCAAAAAGGCAGCUGGCAAAGCUCGAAGGCGAUAG